AUGUCAACUCUACAAAUUCUUCAUUUCAAUGAUGUCUACCAUUUAUCACCACAAAAACGUGAACCUGUUGGCGGUGCAGCUAGAUUCGCUAAAGCUAUAAAAGACUUUCGACAAAAAUAUGAUAUAAAGACUUCCAGUGUGUUAUUUAGUGGUGAUGUAUUUAAUCCCUCAGUAGAGAGUAGUAUUAGCAAAGGCGCUCACAUGAUUCCGGUUAUGAAUCAAUUUGGUAUAGAUGUAGCAUGUUUUGGUAAUCAUGAUUUUGAUUUCGGAUUGCCUACACUUAAAAAAUUAGUGGAUGCUACAACAUUUCCUUGGUUACUUUCAAAUGUAUUGGAUAGUGAAUCUGGUAACCCGGUUGCGGGUGGAAAAAAAAUUUAUAUCCUUGAGAAAGGAGGAUUAAAACUUGGAAUUUUGGGAUUGGUGGAAAAAGAAUGGUUGGAAACAAUUCCUGGUCUUCCAUCCACACUUCAAUAUCAGGAUUUCUUAAAGGUUGGCAAAGAACUUGCUUCUCAACUACGUGAUCCUCCUUAUUCAGUUGAUUUGGUUAUAGCACUUACUCAUUCACGUCUACCCAAUGAUAUUUUAUUGGCUAAAGAAUGUGAAGGUUUAAUUGAUUUAGUUCUAGGAGGCCAUGAUCACUUUUACUAUGCAGGCAAAGGAUGUGAUAUUUCAGGAUGGGAGAGAGAAGAAAUACAAGGAGCUGAACAUGAUCAUGGUCUAAGGGUGGUCAAAAGUGGAACAGAUUUCAGGGAAUUGAGUAUCUUGGAGAUUUUUGUAGAAGAUGGAGAUAAUGUGAACGGUGGUACAAAGAAAAUUAUUAAAACUUGUUCAGUAACUCGUCAAAAAAUAACAUCCGAAAUAGAAGAAGAUCUUGAUUUUGCUGAAUUAGUAAAAUCUGCAACAUCUGAGAUUUCUUCUAAAAUGUCGAAACCUAUUGCCCACACCGUGACGCCAUGGGAUUGCCGUUCCACCAUGUUACGUACACAAGAAACCGGGUUUGGAAAUUUUGUGGCCGAUUUAAUGCUUAACGCUUAUCAACCAUGUCUUCCCUACAAUAUUGACUGUUCGUUAGUUUGUGGAGGAACCAUUCGUUCAGAUUCUAUAUAUCCACCAGGUGAAAUUACUUUAGGUGAUAUAAUGGAGAUAUUUCCAUUUGAAGAUACUGUAGUUGUGAUACGUAUCACUGGACAACAAUUAUGGGAUGCAUUGGAAAGUUCUUUAUCCAUGGUUCCUAAACAGGAAGGUCGAUUCCCGAUAGUCAGUGGUCUUAAGGUUGAAUACAAUCCCAAAGCAGAACCAUUUCAUCGAUUACGUAAUGUAUGGUUAACUGAACGACGUCCUCCUUCUCCUAUAGAAGAUUUAGAAAAUAAAGAAGAUAAUCCUAGAAAUGAUCGUGAACGUGAAGAUGAACAAGAUGAUUCAGAAGAUCCAGGACCACAUAACAUUAUUGGAAAAUUAGAUAUGCAAAAAAUCUAUACUGUAUGUACACGGGCAUAUUUGGCUGCUGGAUAUGAUGGUUUUAAGGCUUUAGCGCAACCCAAUACAGAAUUCUUGGUGGAUGAUGAAAAUGGAAUGUUAAUGAGCACAUUAAUUCGAAAAUAUUUCUUAGGAUUGUAUUACAUUAGUGCCAUAAAGUUCAAUAUGAGUUGCGAAUCUAAGACAGAAGAAGCUGUUCGUAAAGCAGCUUCUCAAUGGAAAAAAUUAGCAGAGUUAAAACGAGAGAAAGCAGCAUACAAACAUAUUUCUCGCAGGAGCAUUACAGAUGCAUUAGCACGUUCCAUGGGUGAUGAAGUAAAAUUUAAUACUGAUGAUGAUGAAAUAUCACCAAUUAAAGAAAUAAAUGAAGACGAAGGAGAAUCCAAGAACAAAGUAGAUUUUGUAAAAGAUUGGGUUACAGUGGCACCUAUGAUAGAAGAUAGAAUUGUCACUGUAGACUUUUAA